UGUGAAGCCUUCAAUCAGAGAAAUGCUGAAGCCAUUGGAAAGCGGGAGAAGUUCAAGCAGACUCCCAACCUGUAUGUGUUGGACGCCUUUGUGGUGACUCCCAUGACCAGGCCAGGGCCCUGUGAAGCGCAUGAGCAGGAUAGCCAAUGCACCAUAGCCAAGUUCGCUCUCAACCAGCGCCAGAAGGCGGAGGAGCUGGGAGACAACCCUCGGCAGGUCCCUUCAAUGCGGCUCUGGCAAGCCACCUGUGGUGCGGUGAUGGUUAUGGAUGAGCAAGUCAAGCCCUUUUCCAGUGAAUGUGAGCUGGAAGAGUUGAAGACUUUGGUUGAAAGUGAGGUCCAGCCAGACCGCCAUGUCGGCAUCACUGCUGUGUUGCCCUCUACCAAGGGUGUUGAUGUCCCCAAGUCUGCUGGCGAAUUUACGCAAGUUCCAGGGAAAACACGUGGCAAGCUCGUCCCUCGCAUGUCGCAUGUCUUUUCCAUUGGAGUCAGCUGCCCUAAGCUGAAGAAGCAAGUUCGCACUGUAGAGUCUGCACCUAGUGUUGCUCCGACAGUUGUUUUGAGGUUUUCUACAGAAGCCAAGUACCAUGAGGAUCCGCGCUGGCGUGGCAUUGUUGACAACGCCGGUGGGGCUGCCCACAAAUGGAUCCAUGCCAAUGUCCCGGCUGCGAUGCAGAGACAAAUCCGAGACAUCUGGAGUUGGCAAUUGCAGUCCUCCAAAGGGGGGGGCAAGGCUUUGAUCACUUCCCUCAUGAGAGUCGAGCUUUCUGCUGCCAAAACUCUUUUGAGUCUGUCCGGACAAGGAGCCUGGUUCAUUGAACCCUUGCGUUGGGAUCAGCCUGACAUCCCCACCUGCCAAGUGCGGUGGGAGAAGCGUCUGCCGGAUGAAUCUGGACAUGUUUAUGCCGCAAGAGUGUUAAGCAUGGCUGGCAACCUUGGCUUGGCCAGAGGCCUGAAGAAUCUCGGAGUCAGAGUCCCGCCAGCCAGCGACAAGAAGGUCGCUACGACCAAGGUCAAAACCUGGAAGGUCACUGGUGUUCCGAGAGAUUGGAGUCACGAAAGCCUCGUCCCUGAACUUGAGGCUGCUGGUUUGAGCAAUUUGCAACUCACUUCCAGGAAGCCACAUGGUCGAACGACGUGCCUUUUCUUCACUGCCGAGUGCGCGCAAGGGACUGACUUUGUUGAGCUGGUUUUUGGCAACAUCACAAUCACUGCUGCUGCUUUCAGCCCAAUGAAGAGAAUGCGUAGUGAGACCCAGCAGCUCAAGACUGUUUCGUCGCUGUCCUUCUCGCCUGCCUUUGGUCAGACCCGUGGAUCUGCUGAGGUUCAGCCAGCUCAGCGAUCUUCGUUUUAUGCUGCUUCCCCUGUUAAGGUGAAGCCCAAAGCUGCUGCAGGGCAUUCGCAGGACACCGCUUCCGCUGAAGCCACUGAGAAGCAACCGCCUGUGGCAGUUGAAGCUUCUCAGCCAAGUGAGGUAAAGGAUGUGGAAAUGACGUCGCCAGCCAAAGCAGCCACCAAGCGAAUGGGUGGCUCGCCUGAGAAGGCUGCCAAGCCGCCGCCUAAGAAAAGGGCGGUUGUGAGAGAUGCGCCAAAGGGCCUGACCCGGGUGCCCAACUCAGCGCAAGGUAAUUGCCUUUUCGAGUCCAUUGCGCAAGGUCUGAACCCUGACAAUCCAAAGCAUGCGCGUGCUAUUCGUGCUGCUGUGAUUGCUCAUUUGAAGCGCCAUGCCGACCGAUACCAACCUUGGUGGGACAAUUUGAGGCCGGAUGAAGAAAUCUGUGAUUCCUGGGAAGAGUACCUUCGCUUAGUCAGCAAGGCUGGAGCGUAUGCAGGCUGUCUCGAGAUUGCUGCUGGUGCAGCGCACUUCGACCGAACAAUCUUUGACCGGCAUUACGAGUACCUCAAAGGAGAUCUGAAUCCUGAGCUGCGAGCCAACGGCCCCAUGCAAGGAGGUCGUGGAGGAGGCAAGUCUAUGAGCUCGGGGCAGUCAGUGUCUGGCGCCACCCGGAUUUCUGCGUUGCCACCGGAGAGGGCACCCCAGUCGCGUGGCUCCGCAAGCCAGGCGCCAACACGUGUGUCAGCUUUGCCUUCGUUGCCGCAUGAUAGACAUGCUCAGAAGCGAUCUAGUGCCGCUGCGGGUCUUACCAGCAAUAGAGCGCCUGAAAGUGCCUUUGGCGAGUCUCUUCCGAGUGACAUUUUUAGCUUGAGUGGUGACCCUGCAUCGUGUAGUGAUGAUGAGUCUAAGCCUGCUGAAGCUGUUGCGAGCGCUAAAAGACAAGACUGGACUUGUCCCAUCUGUGGUUUUUGGACUGGUUUCAAAAAGCAUUGGACGACUGUGAAGAAGGACCACAUUCGUAGCUGGCAUCCUGAGAAGGCCAGAAGCGCCAAGAGUGCGCAAAGGGCAACGUCAGCCAAGACUUCAGCUGGCAACGCCAAGAAAUUGCUUGACUUGAAGUGUGGUAAGCAAGGGCUUCAUGACUGCGAAAUUUUGCAGUUGCCUUACACGGGUCAGGGGAAAAAGCGCAGACGGUUUUUGAACAAAAUCUUCUGCAAGAAGUGUACUGCUUUGUCGCCCAGUGCUGAGGCCAUGUCAAAGCUCCCUUGCGAGAAAGCCAGCAAAGGAGGUCCAAAACGGGCUAUGCUCGUAGCUCGUUUGAAGAAGUGCCGCUCUCAGGCUGCGCCUGUUGACCAUGACAUUGUUCCUUUGCAGAUUCCGGGCCAGCCGCCCAAGAGAUUCAUGUUCUGCAAAACAUGCUGUCGUGUCGCUGCUUUGCAAAGCACCAUCCUGAAAGCCGCCUGUAAAGGUAGGGUCACUUGGAGUCCGGCACGCAUGAAGCUGGUGCGAUUCCUUGAAGCCCAAAUGAAACAAGCCAAAGGAAGCAAGUUGCAAUCGCUGAGUGAGCUUCUCAAUAUGCUCACAGGGGAAGUCCGUUUGUCCGAGGAUAACAUGCUGUCAGCCCACCAUGCUGCCAAGCAGCAAGGCUGGACCUUUUUGCCCGGCCCUUGCGCGCAAGACUCGCAGGGGGCACCAACUGCCGGCGUUGCUGUUUUGAGCCGGUGGCCCGUCGAGAAGAAAGCUUUGCCUUCCCAAAUUGAUCCAGAACUGCAGUGCCACAGUGGCCGUUGGCAAGUACUGCAAGUGCAUAGGCCUGCCAGAAGACCUUUUGUUUUGGUCAACUUGUACUUGCAUGCUUCGGAUCGCUCAAGUGCCUGCCGACUAGGGCAUCUGCUUUUUGAACUAACUGCACAGAUGGGUGAAGAUUGUUUAUUCAUAGGUGAUUGGAACAAUGUGCCUGAUGAGGAACCUGCGCUUUCUCCACUGAGGGGAGGGCGGCUCCAUUUGGCAGAUGAAAUUGCGGGGCCAUUGCAGCUCCAGGCGCCCACUCGCACUGGAGGUAGGCACAUUGAUUACGCUUUGCAUUCCAUGUUGUUAGUUCCUUCAGACAGGGGUCAAGUCCCUGGAGUUGCUGACCAUGACCUUGUGUCUUAUUCAUUUCCUCUGCUUGCAGAGGAAGCUUCCUUUAGGAUUCAGCCUGCCAGAGCCUUGUUAGCCCCUGAGCCUGUGUCAAACGAAUUGCAGGGUCGCAAUUUUGAUUUGCAACAUUUUCACACUUUGCUGGAACAAAGCCAAAUCGAAGAAGCUUGGAUCUUUCUGAGCAAUGCAGCUGAGAUUUGCUUACAAGCUAAGCCAGGGCGUAAGCGCAGUUCCGUGCCAGCUCCAAGUCAGGUGCCUCGGGCUCCUGUCAAGCCCGACACUUUGCAGACCACCCUUGAGCGUAGACUGCGAAGAACUUAUAGGCGGGUUCUAGAGUUGCAGAAACCUUCUUGGCCUUGGCGUUUACUGAACAAAGUGCGCGAAGAGCUGCGCAGGUUUGCUAGAAUUUUCCCUGAGCUCACCGAGUUCGAUGUUUUGUCUCCUCGCCUUCCGGAUAUCCUUCUGCAAUGCAUUCAGCGUGAGAGUGAUGCUUCGUCAGAAAGAAGGUUAGCUAGGUGGCAAACCGACAUGAAUGAGAAUGAGCAAGCCCUUAUUCGUUGGGUCAAGGGCGCGGAUAAGCUCAUUGCCCCGUCAGGCCUUGACUCUGUUCCAGUGCAUCCGCAGCUCAAAGCUGAGCAUUUUGGUCGUGAAUGGCAGGCCAUUUGGUGCCCGCAUAGCAAUGUUGAGCCUGAACGGGUUCUGCCUUUUCUUUCUUGGAUACGUGCUGACGAGUAUUUUUGUCCGGAGCCUGUUUUCACUGAUACUAGCUUUGUGAGACUCACCAAACAAGCUUCUGGAAAAGCGGCCGGACCAGACGGUUGGAAAGCGGACCAGUGGCUUUUGUUGCCCGAAGGGUUUUAUUCUGCAUUCUCCGCCUUGUGGCGUAGAAUUUUGGACAUUGGGAUUCUGCCUUCUCAAUGGGCGCAAGUGCGUUGUGUCCUUAUCCCUAAGGAUGUCGGUUUCAGACCUAUUAGCAUCGCUUGCCUUGCUUGGCGCCUUGGCAUUAGUUGCAUUUUGCACCAGUUGUCCCCUUGGAUUGACCAAUGGGCGCCGCCGGAGUUAGUCGGUGGUUUGAAGGCGAGAAGUUCCACCAUCGUACAUGAUGACCUUCAUGAAGCUUUGCAGGAGAGCACUCUUUUUGGGGCAAAGAUCGACGUUGCCAAAUGCUUUGAUCAUGUGAAUAUCGAGCAAGCUUUCAUUGUUUGGGAGAAAUUUGGCGCUCCUGCCAAAGUUGUGAACAUUUUGAAAUGCUUUUAUCGCAUGCAAGUCAAAAGUUUCGAAUGGCAAGGUUUUUGCAGCCGUGAACGCAUUCGAUGCACCCGUGGCAUUUUGCAAGGAUGUCCAAGUAGCUGUGCUUUGCUCGCCGGAUUGAUGACUGUCUGGUGUCGGUAUGUGCAGCAACAAUCGCCCAGUGUCCAACUUUCAGUUUAUAUUGAUGACAGGACUUUGUGGUGUAAAGAGCGGCAGCCACUGCAGCUUGCUCUUGAUGCUUCGCAGAGCGUUGACCAGGUUUUGGGCCUCAGGUUGAACAGUUCUAAAUGUGAACUCUUCUACAAGUGCCGAAAUGCCCAAUUGCAAGCUUUUCAGUCAUGGAACGUUGCUUGUAACAGGAAGUGGAAGAUGGCUACCCACUUCAAGUUGUUGGGGGUUCAUUACUUUUCUAGUAAGGCUCGCCGUAGACCAAUUGAGCCUGCCGUUGUUGCAAAAGUGCAAGCGCGUCUCAGGCGCCUUCGAAUGGCCACUCACAGGCACUGGAGCAAGAGGCGGCUUGUGAGGUCACUUGUCCUGUCCUUGUUUUCGCACACAGGUGCUUGGACCACCAUUCCCAAGAAACUCUUGCAAAAAUGGAGAUAUGCUGUUGAGACAACCAUGUUGGGUUAUCCUCAAUCUGGGAGAUCCAGAUAUUUGAUGUGGGCUUGCUUCCUGACGCCCGAGCUUGACCCAGAAUUCGCCUUGGAUUCCAGAGUUGUGUUUCACGAGUUGUGA